UCAACCUGUACCUUUUCUUAGCCGGCAUCAUAUGAUAAAAACGAAUCCAUAGUUCAUUACAAAGUCUUAGGGCUUCUUUGAUUUGCAUGAUGUUUAAAAUGUGGGGAUAUGAUUUUUUUUUUAGAAAAUAGAUGUCAUUUCCUAAGGAAUUGAAACAAUUUCCUAAACCCCUAAAAAACAGAAACCAUUUCCUACAGGAACUGAAACCAUAGAAACAAGCAAUACAAGUUGCUUGGCUUGUAGCACAGGAAAAGGCAUGAAUUAAUCUUCCUGAGGAGUUAGGUGCAGGCCUAAGAAUUUUCUAAUCCUUAGGCCUGCACCAUUUGGCUACAAGAUUUCUUUGAAAUUUCUAGCAGUACAAACAGAGAGUCUUUGACAAAACGAAAAAGGCCAAAGGGUGUCAGCAGGGACAUAUUUAGCUCGUGGAAUACUGAAGGCAAUGCACACGGAGUUGGGUUCACUCUCUGUGUGUAUAUAGUAUUACAACUCACUACUCACCCAAGGGUGUCUCCUGUGAUUGUGUCUCUGGACUCACCAAAGUCACCACUGCUGCCCGGCCAUGGCUUCACCUCCAUGGGUUCGCCUUGUGCUGCUACUCCUAGCUGCCGUCCCCGCAUGCCAUGGCCGCCCACUUUUUGACGGCGAUGCCGUCAUCGAUGAGACGCAGCCCUUGCGGCCAUCCAUGAUCUCAUGCUCAACUGUCGGCAACUACACCGACGGAAGCAAGUACCAUGUGAACCUCGACCGGCUCCUGUCGGCCAUCCCCGUGGCCGCUGACUCCAAUGGCUUCUUCAAUGGCACAUUUGGCGCGGUGGGCGACGAGGUCUUUGGCAUGUUCAUGUGCUACGCUGACGACGCCGACUCUGAGUGCCAGGACUGCCUCACCCGCGCCCCUGAAGGUAUCAUGAAGGUGUGUCCUCACAGCAGGACGGUCCGUGCUGUCUACAGCGCCUGCACCAUCCAAUACUCCAACAAGUCCUUCUUCUCUGUUGCUGACCUUACCGUGGUUGACAUGGUCGACCUUUCGGUCGCGCCCCGGCUGGAACAAACCCCUCGCCGAACUUGGAACAACAGAGACCCUGAAGGUUGGCACCAAGGAGUCAUACUUGUAGGGUACGUUGUGGACACUGCCGGUAUGAGCCAUGCAAGGUUUAAGUUGAUCCAUCGGCUCAUGGUGAAGGCUUGCCAAAGGGAUGAACGUAUCGCUGAGGGCAGACAGAAGUUCACCGAUCCGGAGUGGGUGCAGGCGGUGGUGCAGUGCACGAGGGAUCUGCCGGCGAGUGAGUGCACCCGCUGCCUCACCUAUUACACCGAUCAGCUGCCACGGUUGUUCCCAAACAACAGCGGUGGUGCCAUCAAAGGGUCAAGCUGCUACCUGCGCUACGCCAUCCUUGCUGACAAGCCACGCCCGCGCACUGUGCGGCUUGAGAGGUACCGGUAUAGGGAGGGAUAUGAGGAGGAAAAUGAGCAUGAGAGGAAGAUGGAGACAGCGCGCAGAGAACACCGACGAAAGGUUGUCAUCAUCGCCCGACGAAAGGUUGUCAUCAUCGCCAGCCUUAUCACCAUCUUGGUGGCGCUUGUUAUCUGCCUGAUCGGCUUGUUGGUUCGGUUUGUGUUGUAUCCAUGGCGAACAUGGUUGGCAGCGGCCAUGGUUGCCAUGAGAUCCGUGUUGUACCGGUGGCGAACAUGGGUGGCAGCGGCCAGGGUUGCCAUGCGAUCGUACAUGGAAAGACCUCCUAAAGUGGCAGCCUACUUCCACGGCAGAAGUGCACGCCAAGAGGAACUCGAGCAAGGGACUGGGCCGAGACGAUUCAGGUAUGACGAGCUCACCGCCGCCACGGAUGGCUUCUCUGGCAGGAACAAGCUGGGAGAAGGAGGCUUCGGUUCCGUGUACAGAGGGUUCCUCCACGACAUGAACCUUCACAUUGCCGUGAAGAAAGUGUCCAAGAGCUCUCGUCAGGGCUGGAAGGAGUUUGUCUCUGAGGUGAAGAUCAUUAGCCGUCUCCGGCACCGGAACCUCGUGCCGCUCGUUGGAUGGUUCUAUGGCGGUGACGAUGAUGGUCUUUUGCUCGUGUAUGAACUGAUGCCCAAUGGUAGCCUGGACGCACACCUUUACAAGCUGGACCAGCUGCUGCCAUGGGCAGUCAGGUACCAGGUCGUGCUUGGUGUGGGCUCAGCACUGAUGUACCUGCACCAGGACACGGAGGAGCGCGUUGUGCAUAGGGACAUCAAGCCGAGUAACAUCAUGCUGGAUGCGUCCUUCAAUGCCAAGCUUGGUGACUUUGGGCUUGCGAGGUUUAUCUGUGAUGGCCGGGGCUCGUUGACGACCGGAGCAGCCGGGACGCUUGGCUACAUGGAUCCAAAGUGUGUGUUUGCAGGCAAAGCCAGUGUGGAAUCCGACAUCUACAGCUUCGGUGUCGUCCUGCUCGAGAUGGCCUGUGGUCGGACGCCAGCGGUGGCUGUAGACGGCGAUGACGGAGCCGUCAUCCACCUGUUGCAGUGGGUAUGGGAGUCGCACGGCAGAGGGGCCAUUCUUGAGGCAGCCGACCCGCGGCUGGACGGCAAGUUCGACAAGAAAGAGAUGGAGUGUAUCAUGGUGGUCGGGCUCUGGUGCGGACACCCCGACCCUGUCUUGAGGCCGUCCAUCAGGCAGGCCGUCAGCGUGCUGCGGUUGGAGGUGCCGCCGCCGAGUCUCCCGGGGAAGAUGCCGGUGGCAACCUACCUGAUGCGGCCGCCGGCUGAUGAUUCUUUUGGUUCCUCGGUGACCAGCGGCAGCGGGGAUGCCAGCACUACUAAUUCUGCUAGAGAUAAAGUCGAGUAGAUGACUGGUGCAUCCCCGAUCUGGGCCUCUGGGACCGUUUCAGAAAUUUGCAAGUACUACUACGUAGUAACUAAAAAACACUUUGUAUGUAUGAUGUGUGAUUGGACUGAACCGAAGUCUGGUAAAAUUUGAGCUAUUUCAGAAUAAUCUUGUAUCAAUUGACGAUGAUGACACGGCCGCUUCAAAAUAGUAAUUGCAUGCAUCUGCAACUAGGGUACACUUUCUAGGAAGUUUUUUUAUGAACGUAGGUAUAUCUAGACAGAUAGCAUUGCCAGAGUUUGGCGAAGAAUAUUGGUCAUAACUAAAGUAAAAGCCUUGUUCCCCUGACACCAUUAUUUUUGUG